AGGAAGACAGCGCCGACCGUGAGAUGCAUAUGGAUGUGGACGUAGGGUCCGGUUUAGGGUCCGAAGAAGAUAUACACCAAUGGAAGAGUCAUCAAGCUGAUGUGAACAGGUCGAAUUCAAGCCAGAACACAGAUUCGACGAUCCUUCCUCGGGGCGGACGUGGUCGGCCUGUCUUUGACGAGGAUUCAAGCGUGCAAGAGCUCGUUCACCAAGAGUCUCGCCACUCCUGUACCUCUACCGCUUCUCAUUACCAAGCUCAAACUUUUGAGCCUAACACUUACCUAUUGUCCUCCCAUCUUGACAAGUCACAAGCUUUUCUGACUGCUCUAGACCCUGGAGGAGCACGACAGUAUAGGCAGCGAGCCGAUUCGGCCGCUCCGGCCUCACAAAUCUCUUCAGUCUCUUCUUCAAGAUCCAGGCGACCCUCUUCAUUAUCUAUCCGAUCCUCGGUUCACUCUCCUCCUGCAUACUCUCCAUACCGUAUUCCGCUUCCCACGUCUUCCGCUCGGUCCACCAUUAUGACUCAGCAACAAGAUAUUGGAGAAGGCGGGGCAGAGCCCCCAAUCGUCAGAUCGGGCAAGAUUCCUCUCGAUGAGCCUUCAACUCCAGUCCGAUUAUCCGCCUCGUCGUCAAGCGACAAGCGAAUCAAUUCUAUGGAUCUACCAGCAACGCCGCGAUCAGCCGUCUCCGUCAGCUCAUCUCCCGCUCUAGCCUCGCCUUCAGGUUCCAUGUCCCUGUCCAACAGGCGUAAAAAGGCACCUCCAUCAUUCCCUUCUUCACCUCGACAGGAUGUUCCGCCCGUCUCCGCAUCGCAUCUCCAAAUCUCGCAGAGGACGAGAUCAGGUCUCAGCUCGCCGCCCAUCCCACGGACGGACAGUCCAACAUCUCAAUCUUUACCUCUCCUUACGCCCGCGAUCCUCAAAGUCCCCACUACCCCCAUCUCCUCGCCUGCGUUCAACAGAUCUGGCUAUGGACAUCCGCUUCCUCGACGUGGCUCUCACAAUGGUCUCCCACCAAUCAGAGGAACCAGAAGUCCUCAUUCGCCAUACUUUCAUUUAGGGGCUGGAUCGCCCCUGCCACCAAUCCCCUUGUCAGCAUCUGCUCCGUCGCCACAGCGAACUCCAGUACCUCUGGCGCCUCGUUCACAGGCUGGUCUGACAGAGCAGGCAGAAGUCAGGAAAGUAUCGCAAGCUUGGGUAGUGCGGAGCCUUCAGCAGAACGCGCCAAAGGUGUGGUACAGCCCAGAAACGACUGAUUGUCGGAUUGUUGUACCACUUUGGUCCACUCUGGCGGCUCGUAAGAAAUCCAAGGCAGAAACCCUUCAAAAUGCGGCGCAGGAAGCCAUUGUUACAGACGCUAGCGAGGCAGUCAAUGUCGAUGUCUCUGGUGUACGACCCUCGCUGGACACUGGCGAUUCGUUCCAUUCGAAUCAACCUGGUAAGACAUAUUGGCCCCCUACGCCGGAGGGAGUGGCGCACAUCGAUGCAACUCGCGAAGGGAUGGCGCAAGGUAGAGAAGACGUCGUGUCGUCGCACAUCGUGAAGAGGGGCAGGAGAGGGAGUCUCCCGGAACGAGAUCAGAUCCCGGUGCUUGUGUUCCCACUGCACAAAGACUACCUCGUCACUCAGUCCAAGCUCUUUCGUAGACUCUUCUCGUCAACUUCCUCGCAGCUCGACUUACCGAUCCCGAACGAUAUACCGUCGAUGAGGCGCAGUGUCUCAGAUAGCGCCGCCGGACCUGUAUCUUCCGACCCAUGUACAGCGGCCGACGGCAAAUUCAAGGGCGCAAAGAUCCUCCCUACUCCACAGGGUGAACCCACCGCCAUUUACAUGCCCAUGCCUGAUCCUGGAGCUUUUGGUGUGAUUGUCCAUUGGCUCUACUGGGGUGAUCAGAAAGCCGUCGAAAUGGCGCUCAGUCAAGGGAUCAUUGACUGGCAAGGAUUAGUGCACAACAUCGAUUAUUUGGAUCUCGACGACAACAUCAAGCGGAUUGUGGGCAAAUGGUGGAGAAAGUGGGUCAAGACAGAGUCACAGAAUGGAUCUCGCCGUUCUGGUAACGAGUAUGAUGAGGACGAAGAAGCUGAGGAAGAGAAAGACGUGGUAAGAGAAGGGUCAAAUAUGGACGCGGACGAUGACGACAAGAGCGACAUAAUGGUAAUCAAGGGGGAGGUGGAGGAUGAUAUGGUGGAAGGCUUUCAGAACUUGUAAUCAUCUGCCAGCCGGAAGUGACUGUAAUCGGUUCCGUCUCUCCUGUAUCUGUCCGCUUGUAAAGUGUGAAUGGUCAACUCGCUGGAACUCCCCAAAACACGAUCUUCUGGGU